AUGAACAAUGAAAUUAACUUGUUUGAUGUACCAUUAUCUCGGCUCACAAACGAAUCUCGAAAUUUGCUAUCGUGCUUACUAAAUACGACAAAAAUAAUAGCAAGUGAUGGUCCCGAGAAGUUACCCAGAGAUUGGAGAGGCCUGGCAUCAUUAGCCCAAAUAUCAGCAGAGGUUGCUAGUAAUAUAAACCUAUAUCCUGAUAAAACUGCCAAAGUAUUAGAAAUAUGGAUGAAUCACUCUCAAAACACCGCCUAUGUUGGCAAUCUCCUCCAAUUCCUCCAACGUUUGGAUAGAUAUGAUGUUUGCGAUGACUGUUUAGAAUUACAUAGACAGGGACAACUUAUAGAUAUACCAAAUGAAAACCAGGCACAAGUAGCUUUAGAUAUUCCAGAUGAUGACAGACUCAUUACAUAUGAGGACCAAAAAUAUGGCGAACCACAAUUUUACCAUGCCUUUGUCCUUUUUGCACAAGAGGAUAAGGACUUUGUUGAUGAACUGUUGCAGCGAAUGAGACAAGAAAACUUAAGGUUGUGCACAUUGGAUGAUCUGCUCCCUGGACAUGCAACCCAAUAUACUCCCGUUUCUAAACUGAUAAAGGAACGUUGCCAACGAAUUAUCCUUGUAUGUUCACCUGAAUUCCUUAGGAGUCCAGCAAAUAGUUUCUAUACAGAGUUUGCUCAAGCUGUUGGUAUUGAAAAUAAGGAACGGAAAAUAAUCCCUCUCAUGUACAGAGAGUGCCAUUUACCCUCGCCCUUGAGCUACUAUCACAAACUUCACUACAGUCCUCCUGGUCAGAAGACAUCAUAUGACUUCUGGCAGAAGCUUAGUCAUUCACUUCAAGUAAACAAUAUAGCCAGGAUAAACAACACAAAUUCCAGUCACUCGGCACUAAGAAUUACCGAGGUGAAUUCAAACACCAUGUUGGAUUCAAGAAACAUUGCGAGAAAUACCAAUAGUGCAAUUAAUUUUAGAAAAAUAACAAAUGGCUACCCCGAAAAGAAGACUGAGCAGUUACAGUUGCCUGGAAUACCUCCAGUAAAGAGUGAGUCAAUGUCGUGUUUGGACAGUCGCUCUAUAGGCCAGAUAUCACAGGAGGAUAGCAAAUCCCAUUGCAGUUUGAACCAAUCGCCCAAGAGGAAAGCUAAGAAACCGAAUAAGAUAAAAGAUUUCAUCAGCAGUUUGACAAGGAAGAAGAACAAAGAAGCAAUUCCUUUAGAUGGU